UCAGCUCCGAGUCGGCCCCCAGCAGCCGUCCGGGCGACAAGCAGCUCCCUCAAGAUAAUCCUCAGGGUGGUGCGGAAAGAGCAGGUGUUUUGGACAACAGUAAAGACCCGCUGGCUGAAGCCUUCCAGAAAGUUUCAAUUGUAGAUGGGGAUGACAACGGAAGCGCGUUGGAAAGGGAGCAGAACGUCGCUAAACAUAAGAGCAACGUCUUUGGCAGUCUGCAUGCCAAGACACCGCAUUACAUUGAAGUGCUGGAGUCUAGAGCCAAGAACCCCAUCAUCAAGAAAAACAAGUUUAAAACAAAUAUAUUAUCAAGCGAGCCAAGUGGAUCAUCGCAGGGUGCCUCAUCCAGUCAGUCCCCAGGGGGAUCUGGCUCUCCGGUGACUCCUGAAGAACGACGACUUAGGGACAAGAAACAUUUGAAUGACAUCACAGCAGCUCGGCUACCACCACUUCAUCAUGCUCCCGCUAAGUUGUUAUCUAUAGAGGAGUCCAUAGCAAUUCAGAUACAGCAAAAAGAAGCUUAUGAGGAAAUGCAAGCCAAACUUGCAGCACAGAAACUUGCAGAAAGACUGAAUAUAAAAAUGAUCAGGUUUGAACCAGAGGGGGAGGCCUCAAUGCAAUACAGAGAAGUGAGAGAUGAAGAUUAUAUUUCGGGAGAGGACUGAGUUCAAGAAGGGAUGCCUGAAGAUAAGCCACAUAACUGAUUUUUAUGCAGCACUUCUUAAAACUCCAAACCUGGAUAAUGGAAAUUCUUGACCUAGUGAUUUUUUUUUUUCUUAAAAUUAUAACAUUGCAGCUAUGGGAAGGGUUC